CUAUAAAAAGCUGAUCCCAAACGAUAAUGUAAUUUUCAUUCAUUCACCAAAAAAAAAGCUCUUAUCAAACAAAGUUUAGAAGAAGAAAAAAAGAAGUGUAAACAAUGUCCGGAGAAGGAGAAGUGAUUGCUUGCCACACACUCGAAGUCUGGAACGAGAAGGUCAAAGCCGCCAACGAAUCCAAGAAACUGAUUGUGAUAGACUUCACAGCUUCAUGGUGUCCACCUUGCCGUUUCAUUGCGCCAGUCUUUGCAGAAAUGGCUAAGCAGUUCACCAAUGUUGUCUUCUUCAAGAUUGAUAUUGAUGAGUUGCAAUCUGUUGCUGAGGAAUUCAAAGUUGAGGCAAUGCCCACUUUUAUUUUCAUGAAAGAAGGCGAAAUCGUUGACCGUAUUGUCGGUGCUGCCAAAGAUGAGAUCCUUGAGAAGCUAUUGAAGCAUGGUGGUCUUGUUGCUUCUGCUUGAUCUUGAUUUCAAAUUUCUAAAAUCAUUGUAUACUAAUGUACAACUUUUAAAUUUUAUUAUAUCUUAGGUAUGCAAUAAAAGUGAUGCAUUUCUACUACACAUUUGUUUAUAACUACAUGUCAAAUUUUCAA